CAUGUGAAUGCCAUCAGAUCUCCUGAAGUCAGAGACCAGCCGGUGUCCGCUGGGUGAAAUGAGGGCAAAGCCAACAUCCAGACCUGACCCAGCUAUCACCUGUAAAAGAAACAAGAGCAGUUAAGGGGGGGCUGUGGGUAAAACCAGACAAAAAGCCGGGCCUAAAGCCUGGACAUUAAGGAUGUUUUAAGAAUAACUUGAUAUUGCCCCUUUGAAGCAACACCCUCUGCCAACGUCUGGAGGAUAUUACCAAACAGAAUCGGUUUUCAGUUACAGAGAGAGCCCCGUAGGUAUGUCCAAGGAUGGAUACCCCUCUGUGUAUGUGGUGGACACCCAUGCCACCCGGCCUCCACUGCCACCCAGGCUGAACCAGGGGCGACAGCGUGCCGGGGUGGCACAGACCCUGCUGAUCCUGCUGGUGAGCGUGGCGUUGUGCGGCAUGGCCAUAGAGGCCUGCUUCAUCUACCGUCUCUACCAAACUAAAUCUGUCCCCUCAGCAUCGUCCUCUAAGCUCAUUGCAGGUGAAGUCAUUACUCCUCCCACUAAAAGUACCAGUGUUAUUCCUCCUUCCAAACCGGUUGCACAUCUGACAGGUGGACAAGAUGUAGUUCAUGAAAAUCAUAUCAUGGCAUGGAGCAUGAUUGCAGACCCUCUCCUCUAUGACAUGGACUACAAAGACAGAGGUCUCGUCAUUCAGAAGGAGGGUUAUUACUAUGUAUAUUCCAAGGUUUCCUUCUUUGCCACUGAUAAUUUUAACCACUCUGUUAAUCGGAAAACUGACCGGUACUCUGGGGGAGUUAUUCCCCUCCUGAUGUCCAGAUACUCAUCCAGGGAAACGCGAUCCAACAGUUACCUGGGUGGAGUGUUUCACCUCACAAAAGAUGAUGUCCUUUUUGUACAAGUGAGCAAUACCUCAAACAUUCGGCAACACAAUUCCUUUGAGAACAUCUUCGGUGCAUAUAUGAUAUAAAUAUCACAUUGAUGUUUCACAAUGGAUCCAAACGCUCGGAAAAGAGUAAAUAACAGUUGAAAAUAAAUGCUAUAGAAUCUUCUUGAGAAUGAUUGAUUCUCUUUGAAGAAAAAGUAGGUCCAUAACCGGAAAGAUGAAGGUGUGAAAACCUCUUUGUGCCUCUUUGAGUAUUGUGAAGGUUAGGACCGUGCUGGAGGCAUUUUUUAUAACUUGUUUGAGUAUGUGUAUUUAAAAACUUUUCUCAUCAGGGAAUUUUAUAUGCUUUUUUUUAUACUUUAAACAUAAUCGUCUGAAUGUUACAAAAUGAGAUAUUAUAGAUAAAAACUUUCAUACAUUGUUCAGUUUUUUUAGUAUAAACGUAUGUGUCAUAUUCAUGCUAAAAUUAAAAACAUGCAAACUGUCUCCUUAUACAUUUCUUUUCAUUCUUGCUGUGACAUAAUACUGCACACUAUUUAUGUAUUCCUCCAGUGGUAGAAUGAAUGAUAUAACCGCUUCAAUUCUGCUGUACGUAUGUACAAUAUUGUAUACAGCAUAUUGAAAUAAACACAUGAUUCAAAA